GAAAUAAUAAAUUUAGCCUGUAGAACAAGAUAUACAUGUACCUUUGAUGCAGUCUUAAGAAAGCUUAAAAGAUGGGUUUUAAAAGAUUGUGUUGUUUGAAUGACGUUUUUAGUCAGGUGCAUUUUCUAUGAUAUUUGUAUCUCGUAAUUAUAAUAUUCUCUCUGAUAAUCAAUUUUGACCAGUUCAACAUAAAUUUCUAUCCUAUUUUAGUCGCACACAUGUGUCAUCACGUCACAGUGUUAUGCACUUUCUACACUCGUGGUAUUUUUUUUCUCUGUCAAAAUUACGCAUAGGUCUUAUUUGAUUUUAAAUGCAGGGAACAACAUGACAGCAAAGUUAUUACAUCUCUCUGCUUUAAAUUUAAAAUUUCUUUCACAAAUCUCCUGCAUUCAAAGUGAAAUUGUCUAUGAAUCUGUAUUCAAGAUCAGACAGAACAAAGAUAGAGAAACUGCAGUGUAGAAAGUGCAAUGUGCAAUUCUCUUCCAAACAAAUAACCUGAAAUCUGAAAAUACGAUACCAUGUUAAAGAAUGAACAUAAAGAAGGAAAACUUUUAAACUUUUCAAACUAAAGUAAUAAAAGGUAUAGCUUUGUAUAUAUUUACAAUUGAUAUUUACAAAAGAAGAGAAGGGAUAUUAAUAUAAUGGAAUCGCAAGAAGCUAUGGAAUCUUUUCUUAAGGCAUCAAAAACUGCUUUGUCGCAGUUAUCAUUAUACAGCACAAUUCGAGUUGUCAUGGGAAAUCAGACAUGUGAUUUGGAUUCUGCUGUGUGUGCUCUGAUCCAAGGAUUGUUAGAGUACACCAAUGUCACAAAACAUGGACAGAGGGAUCAUGCUGUAAUACCAGUCAUGAAUAUCCCGGAAAAGGAAUUUCGCAUUAAGACUGAAGUAGUUUAUAGUCUGAGAACUCAUAACAUCCCAUUGAAUUUGAUAACAUUCAGAGAUCAGCUCAAUUUGCAAAAUGUACAGAAUGAUGCUGACAAGAAGCUGGAGCUGAUUUUAGUUGACCAUCAUACUCUCGCGAAUGAAGAUGUUGCAUUGAAAUCUUCAGUUAUAGCUAUUAUUGAUCAUCGACCGUUGGAUCCAGCCUGGUCAUGGCCCAACGUGUCGUUGAACAUAGAAACUGUUGGAAGCUGCGCCACUCUUGUCGCACGUAAUCUUCUGCAAAAGAAUGCUGACAUUUUAAAUACACAACUUGCAAGUCUUUUACGAGGUCCAAUAUUAAUCGAUACUUACAAUAUGUCGGCGGAAGCUGGUCGGGCAACUGCUACCGAUGUCGAUGUAUUAAAUAUCCUUGAGAAACUUGGUGGCCUUCUAUUCAAUAGAACUGAAAUAUUUAAUGAAAUUAUGAAUGCAAAAACAAAUAUUAGUGAAUUAAGUCUUGAAGAACUCAUGAUUAAGGAUCUAAAAGUAAUCAACGGUAUACCUCUUGUAGGAUUCUCUCUUUUAGUAGAGAAUUUCCUCAUGCGAGAAAACGCGAAAGAGACAAUUGAAAAGUUUAGUAAUGAUAGAAAUUGCGAUGUCAUUAUUCUCAUAGGUCAAAAUGUGAGCAGUGAACAUGUAUCUAGAGAUAUUGCAGUCUUUUCUACAUUGUCCAAUCAAUUAGCAAAUGAAAUAAUUCAAGCAUUGAUUUCUUCUACUCAACCAUACUUAAAUCUAGAAUUGAUCAAAGAAAUUCAAGAAGAGAAAUAUAAUCUUUGUUUGUACAGACAAGGAAAUGUAAAAGUAACACAAAAAUGCAUUCUUCCCCUUGGCAUGGAAGAAGGAAGAAUCCCGGAUGAAGCGAUCACGGCGUCAUCCAGUUACGAGAUGAAAUCCGUGGGUCCUCAAAAUGCAAGAAUACGGCAGGAGAAGAACGGUGGUGCUUGGUGUCCGAAAGCUCAAAUCAGUAGUGCUAUACGCGAAUAUCUGGAAAUUGAUUUAACGAGAGAUCAUCUUAUCACGUGGACCGAGACUCAAGGCCGAUUCGGAAAUGGUCAGGGUCAGGAAUAUGCUGAGGCGUUUUUUGAAUAUUGGCGGCACGAAAAAUGGCAUCAGUAUAAAGAUUUGAAAGGGAACAAGAUUUUGCGCGGUAAUACUAAUACAUAUCUAGUCGAGAAGCAGAAGUUGGAUCUACCGUUCGUCGCGAGUCGAGUGAGAUUUGUUCCUUAUAGUCAGCAUCCACGCACUGUGUGUAUGCGUGUCGAAAUUUAUGGCUGCAUCUGGAACCAAAACAUCGCUAAUUAUGCUAUGCCUAAAGCUGGUAAAAUUGGACCUAACGGAUGUAACAUCGAGGAUAUAUCGUACGAUGGCACCGAGAUCGAUAAUUUAAUGUUGAAUGGAUUAGGACAAUUAACAGACGGCAUAAUUGGCAGCGGAAUUGAGAUCCUCGAGUCCAAUAGAAUAACCAAUUGGGUCGGAUGGCGCGAUCGCGACAAUGUAGAAUUGUUUUUUGAGUUCCGAUUUUUUCAGAAGUUUAAAAACUGUACGAUUCAUGUGGCUGAUUUGCCCGAUUUAAGUGUUGAGAUGUUCUCGAUGGCAAAUUUCUGGUUUUCAUCGAACGGCAAGGAUUAUCACUUGACACCAGAAAUAUUUCAAAUUUUUAAUGGCUCUAAGACGAACCCCAACAGUAGCAACGAGAAAAGUGGCGGAAGCAGAAACAGCAUCUCGAUAUCUAUUCCUUUGCAAUCGAGAAUCGGCAAAUUUGUCAAGAUAGAAUUAAAACUUAGAUCGAAAUGGUUAUUGCUAAGCGAAAUCACAUUCGACACAGUUCCAGACACAAAGAACAUUACUGAUAAAACAUUGGAACGAUUAUUAUGGAUAUAUUCGAGCAACAAUGAAAACAUAUCUCAAGCAACCAAUGAGGACCAGAUUACAAAGAUAAAGCAGAUUGAGGACAAACAGAAUAAGGAGGAAAAUGACGAGACUCAAUUGGAGAACAAAAUCAGAGGUGUAGCUGGCGACGAGGGAGGGAUUAUUAUUUCGCACGGACGUACAAUAACUGGAAAAACUGAUUCGAACCGAACAAUAUCGGUGUUGAAUGAGUCAAAUUUGACACCGGAUGCCUUUCCUGUCAACAAUUCGCCAACAUAUAUCGGAUUGAUUAGCGCAGCAUUAACCAUGCUCGUUUUUCUCUCGAGUUGCACAAUCUUUUUGAUGAAGCAGAGGGGUCGCAACAAAGUGGCUCUGCUGCAAAAACACACCGCUCUACUGUGCGGCUCGCCGGCAUCGGGUAUCACGAUCAAUACGAAGGAUAUCAAAUUACCGACCCCGAUCGUGGUGAACAAUUUAUCGCAAUCGAGAUUGUCGUUGAAGAGCAAGAUCUCGAACAACGAUUACAAAUUCGGCGACAUCGGGACGAAUGGACAGCGUAAUACUUACGAGAAAAUUGAUAAAAUACCCUCGGAGCAGUAUAUGAAAUGCGAAGCGAGAUCCAAUUAUAAAACAGAACAGUUUGAUACUAAAAACAACGAAAACUUUAAUGAUGAAACGCGAGUAGAAUGUAUAAUUCCAACAAUGAAACCGAAUUCUUCGCAAACGGGAAAAAUCAAUCAGAGGGUAUACGAAAGUUAUUACGCGGCUACAGACAUCUUGACGAUCAAAAGACGCGAUCAGCAUCCAACUGUAAGUCUCUUCACACCGCUGCUCAUUCGGGAUUCUGUCGUAUCGUACCAACGCGGAAUUUAUGAUGUUCCACGUAUCUCUCGACAUAGAUUAAGAAUUCUCGAUAAACUCGGCGAGGGAAACUUUGGUUUGAUUCACUUGUGCGAAGCGAAAGGCAUACAAAAUCCGGAUUUAGGUAUCCUUCAAAAUCGUCAAGUAGUGAUAGUCCGAUCUUUGUGGCGCGGUGUCGUCGACGCUCUAAGAGAGGACUUUAUGAAUGACAUGCGCAUCCUGGCUGAAAUUCGCGACGUUAACAUCGCCAGGAUAAUCGCGAUCGUUGAAGAGGAACCUUUUAGUGCCAUCUUCGAAUACGGAGAACUCGGAGAUCUAUCCAGUUCUAAAAAUCGUGACCGCGACGCGCCAACAAGUUACGAGUGCUCCUUAAAUCUCAUCACGCAAAUCGCUUCGGGUAUGAAGUAUCUCGAGAGUUUUAACGUACCACAUUGCGAUCUGGCAGCCAGGAAUUGCAUAGUCUGUAAAGAUCUGCUGAUCAAAGUGUCCGACCAAGCCAUGUAUUGCAGUAAAUAUGACAAUGAAUAUUACGUUGAUGAGUGUUACGCUAAGAUACCGUUACGUUGGAUGGCAUGGGAAGCGGUCUUAUCGGGAAAACGAAGUUGCCAAUCUGAUGUUUGGUCAUACGGCGUGACAAUUUGGGAAGUUUUGACGCGCUGCGAAGACGUACCCUAUGCCGACCUGACUUCAGAACAAGUAUUGGAGAACUGUGGCCUGUGGUAUCAUUCAUUGGACAGCGGUAAAAGGAAAUGUCCGCGGAUCUUGGAGCAGCCAGUAUUUUGCUCGGACGACUUGUACAGGCUGAUGCUGCGAUGUUGGUGCAAACGCGCGGAGGACCGGCCAAGUUUCCAGGAGAUUCACUGCUACCUCAACAAGUUGACUCUGGAUUAACUUUGUGCGCAAAAGUGUGCGAACGCAUUUCUGCGAGAGCGUAAACGGAAAACGAUCCAUGCUCAUCAUCAUCAUUAGCAGCAGCAGCAACAGCGGCGCGGACCAAAUCGAUUACAAUCAGCUGAGAAGCAUCCUAAUGAUUGCUUUCUUGAUCGCUUUUGCAUGUGUGGCUCGAACUUUCAAUUGCCGAUAACCUGAUACAUCGAGUCGAAGAGUCGUCGAAUGCCUAAACAGUACAUCAAGGUAUGGGAUGCUCUCUGGCCACUAAAAUAUUACUGCUCAACUAGAUUUAUCUAAUUUUGAUUAAAAUAUAAGUGUAGGUUAAUUAACAUAAUGAUAAAACUUAAAUGCGGCGGAUAAUCGCAGUUUUCUCGUACAAAAUCGAGGAAUAAUCUUUGAAGAUAGUAUCUAUCAUUGAUUACUUCCCCGUAAUCAAUCAGUAUUCAAGAGAAAUAUGUGAUUUCGCGCGCGAAUAUUCAUCUAUUUACUAAUUUAUUACUUUACACAUAUCUCUCUUUCCUACGCUUAUAUAUAUGUGAUAAUCAUUAUCGUUUUUACUCUUAAGAGAAAAAAAUUGUUCCAUUUUUUCUAUAUCUAUAUAUUACCCAGAAUCAAUCGUAGAAAAAUCACGAUUACAGACAAGAUUUGUAGCAAAGUUCGUCGUAAUUUUGGUGCAGAUUUUGCGCAAGGCUUAGUCGUAUUUUGUCACAACUGGGUAUACUUUAUAUUUGUCGUAUAGAAUUCGUUGCGUGUAGUCGAAGCAAAAUAAUAUUAAUGAAGAACGGCAUAAAAUACGAACGUAAUACUCAAUUACGCUCGAAUAAUGACAAUCAGUUUUGCUCAUCUAUUUAUAUAUACUUAUUUUACGAAAUAAUAUGAUAAUAUACUCGUAUUUGAUCGAUUCAGCUUAUCUAUCUUAGGAGGAAGACGAAUCGUUUAAUCUUUAAUCAAAUUUCGCGAUGGCGCAAAAAUUUUAAAUAGAAAUACUCUUCAUAUAAAUAUAUCCUUUCUUACA